AUGUUCGGCGGCUGGUUCGGGGGCAAAAAGCCCAGCCCCAACGGCUCUACUCAGUCACUUGAUGCUUCGUCAGAAUUACAGGACUUAGAGGAUGCGAUUAAAGCUGCCGAGUUGAUCCUCAACGACGAUGUUGAUGGUGCUGAAGAAGGCCUUUCGGGGCGAAAUUCAUCAUUCCACUUGAUUGGAAGGGCUGUGGUAAUGUUCAUUAGGGCAACAUUGGGUUUUGAGCAAGAUAUCAUGCGCCAAGCGGCGGACCGACUCAAUGACGCUGAGAACAAAGCGUACAAUGACCAACAACGAGCCAAAAACCACUCUCAGUCCCCGGACACUUAUCAUUCAGAGAUCUAUGAACCGGGUACGGAGUUCGUUCUCAUCCAGGCAAUGGCGCAACUCAUGUGUGCCGUUGUCGGCGUACUCAAUGAAAGUCUCACAGAAAGCAUAAAAGGCUUCUAUAAGCUACGAAAGGCUUACUUCGCACUGGACGCAGUUUUAAAGAUGGAGGAGAAGUUCAUGCAAUCAAGACAGGCUGGUGUUAUGAAUAAACCUUCGCCAGCUGCCUCCUUGAAAGGUGAAAAAGGCAUUGCUGUGAAUGUGUCUGAAGAUCUCUCAAAUCUUAAAGUUAACGACGCUGGCACUGGCCCGGUAUCAAGCAGUACGAGCACAUCGGAGUUGAUUAACCAUGACCCGGAGUCCGAUAUUUUCAAAAACCAAAUCGACGUUUUUGUACACUCUGGGGCUAAUUUCUGCUAUGGAGUCCUUCUUUUGCUUAUAUCUAUGGUUCCACCAGCGUUCCACAGGCUUCUAAGUAUCGUUGGAUUUCAUGGUGAUAAGGAUCGGGCACUGAAAUUGCUUUGGCAAGCCAGCAAAUUCCACAACUUGCCUGGUGCAAUUGCAGCAUUAACGCUUCUUGGGUACUACAAUGCCUUUGUUCGUUACUGCGAUAUCAUGCCUGAUGCUGUACCCGGGAAGGACGGAGAUAUUCAGGGUUACCCUCAGGAGCGACUCGAAGCUCUUCUCACACGAAUGAGGCAACGGUUCCCUAAGAGCCAGCUUUGGCUUCUUGAGGAGUCCCGUAUGCAUGGCGCCAACCAUAGACUUGAUGUGGCACUACAAAUUUUGUGUACGGAGGAACACAGUCCACUGAAACAGGUCGAGGCACUCAAGGUGUUUGAAAAGAGCCUGAAUGCGUUGUACAUCCAUAAGUACAAACUCUGCGCCGAAGCAUUCGUUGAGUGUGCUGAUCUUAAUUCUUGGUCUCGUUCAUUAUACUAUUACAUUGCAGGAACCUGCCAUAUUAGUUUGUACAGAGAGCUUGCCGCAACCGACCCAAAGAAAGCAGAUGAACAUGCUCAAACGGCAGUCAAUCUGCUUCAUAAGGCUCCCAAAUUUGCAGGAACGAAGAAAUUUAUGGCGCGCCAAUUGCCGUUUGAUUUAUUUGUUGUCCGCAAGAUUGCUAAAUGGGAAGCUCGAGCCAAAGAAUGGAAUGUACCUCUCGUGGAUGCCGUUGGAGUUGAUCCUGUAGAGGAGAUGAUAUUCCUCUGGAACGGACAUAGUCGUAUGACACAGGCACAGCUCGAGGAGUCAAUGGCCAGGCUUUCAUGGUCUGAAAGUGACGCGAACCGAACAUGGGCUCGCGAGGGAGCGGAAGAGAAGGGUAUCUACCAGCUCCUGCGUGCGGCUGUGUUGCGUUCAAUGCGGCGACAUGAAGAGGCCAAAGAAAUCAUCCAGACCUCGAUUUUCACGUUAGACCGUUCAACGUUCAAGGGACGCCAUAAGGACGACUGGGUGUAUCCCGUUGCCCACUUUGAAAUGGCAGCAAACCUAUGGAUGGAACGCCCAACUUAUAUUGCACAGCAUGGCGGACCGGCGUCUCAGAAACAAAAGCCAGACGAUUCAGAACAUCCCGAAAAGGAACUGGUGCGUGAAUGCAAAGAGAACCUGCAAAAAGCUGCUCACUGGGAGAGCUACGAGCAGGAAGCUCGCUUUGGACUGAAGGUGACUGCUGCGCUGGAAGCUGUCGCGAAGUGGGAGAGCCAGCACUCGACGACACUAUAA